GAGAGUUGGGUUCAGUACUGGACCGUUGUGGGGACGGCACGCGGGGGAGGGGGAGGGGACGGAGACCGAAGAGCGGAGGUCCAUAUAUUUCUUUUCUUUCCUUAAAUCUCUUGCCCGGCCUGCAGAGGCCGGAAGUUGCUUCUCUGGACAAGUAAACUCUCAGACCUGGGAAUGGUGAGCGGGACCCGCUAGACUCUUGGGGUCUAGAGGAGACCCCCGGAGAUGAUCCCUGGUGAGCUGCGUGAUGGUGGAGAGCUGGACUGGUCUCCAGAAAGGCGAAGCCGAGGCCUCUUCCUCUGAACUUUUGGGCCAACUGAGGGGCCCACUGACAUAGGGUACCCACAAUAGACGUGUGUUUGCCAUGUGUUUGGGUUUGGCCAUUCUGCUUCUCUGCUUCCACACAUACACACGCCCCUGUGUUACUUUGGUUCAUCUUCUGUACCCUGUCAGUUUUCUGCUGGUCAGAACAUCUGUGUCUGUGACAGAGCCGUCCAGGAUCGCAGUGGAUAGGAAUUUCCUCACAUGGCUCCUGAAGAAGUGACCAUCACAGUUCGCCUCAUCCGUUCCUUUGAGCAUCGCAAUUUCAAACCUAUAGUGUAUCAUGGAGUGAAUUUGGACCAAACUGUAAAGGAAUUUAUCAUAUUUCUAAAGCAAGAUGUCCCUUUAAGGACCAGCCUGCCACCACCAUUCAGAAAUUAUAAAUAUGAUACACUAAAGAUUAUUCAUCAAGCGCAUAAAUCAAAGACAAAUGAACUUGUGUUGAGUUUGGAAGAUGACGACAGACUCCUGCUGAAAGAAGACAGCACUCUGAAAGCAGCUGGAAUCGCCAGUGAAACUGAAAUUGCAUUCUUCUGUGAAGAAGAUUAUAAGAACUACAAAGCUAAUCCCAUUUCAUCCUGGUGAAAACAUCUGGAGGGCUUCCUUUUUUGCAUACCUGUAUUAAGCUUUUUAUUCCACUGCUGAGUUUGUGAAAUUGACAAACAAAUCUUAAAAAAUUCAUCCCAGGCUCUACUCUUUGAGCUAAAAUCUGGUGAUUUCUUUCUCUUUAGGUCUUUCUUUCCUUCCCUCUUUCUUUUUCUUUGUUGUUGUAAAAUAAUAUAUUACGAGAAAAACAUUUGAUUUUUUUAAAAGGGAAAUAAAUUGUUAUUAAAAAUUA